AUGGUUAAACUAAUUGUUGCUGUUCUGUUGAUUUCUUGUUACUUGGGCUUAUCUUUGGCCGAUUCACCGAGACGAGGACGAAUCCUGUCCCACAACAAGACGAUCGUUAAUUGUGCUAAAUUUGGUCGAGCGGCUAAUCAACAUACUUGCGUUUUAGCCCCAUUCGCGGAAGAAGGUCCUUUCUAUGUACCCGAUAAUCCACUUCGAUCGGACACUAUCGAUGGUGAACCAGGAAUUCCACUCGAACUGACCAUCCAAUUGACCGAUUCUCGAGACUGUUCCCCUUUAUCUGGUCUCUAUGUUCACAUUUGGUCAGCUAAUGCCACCGGUAACUAUUCUGGUGUUAAUGAGUCCGAUUUUGACACACCCGGUGAGCUUAGAGUCAAAACUGUCUAUGCAUCCCGAUCACUUCGAGGUCACCAAAUAACCGAUAAAAACGGUAUUGUGACCUUUAAAACGAUCAUCCCUGGUUGGUAUCCUGGUCGUACGAUGCACACCCACAUUGAAGUUUAUCCAGAAAACGAGACUGAUGUUGAUCGAGUUACUUUCAUUGGUCAAUUUUAUUUCCCUCGCGAUUAUGCCCUAAGGCUAAAGAAACAAUAUCCUUACUCAUUGAAUAAAAAUCCAAUCACAGUUAAUAACGACGAUGAUGAUUAUGUUAACGCCGGUGGUAAAGAUACAAUUCUUAACAUUGUUCCCGACGAAAAGGGUUGGAGGACUUUCUUCACAAUGGCCAUUGAUCCAACAGUCAUUAUCCAUGCCUUUUAA